CUCUCUCUCUCUCUCUCUCUCUUUCCUGCUUCCUUCUUUUUUAUCACUCUCGUUUCUCUUUCAUCUGUCGCUGCUGGUUACAGCCCGAAGAGAAGCCAUAAUAAUUCCUUGCACGAGAGCAGCCAGGCGGAUCCAGACGGAACUAAGGUUAAUCUAUGAGCUUUGAGCUACUUGCAGCUAGGAAGCCCACCCCGAACUUCAAAGACCAUCCACCCGGUUACGUACUUAGAGCUUUCAUGACCCGAAGCUCCCAAGCUUGGGGUCAAGCUCUGGCUCGUCAAGCCCAGGCACAGGCAUGUUCCAGCCUCAACCCACCCCAUAUUCCUCAUACGCUUCCUAUGGAAUCCACAUAGCCAACGCAGAAGUCCCCGAAUACGCCUUUCAACCCACUCCGCUGGCACAAUUCGGGACGGCGCAAGCUGGCGGUGCCGGUGCAGUUGCAGGCGGUAGACCAGCAGCCGUCGACUUCUUCGCAUCUCCCAUCUACCAUAGUCAUAAUCCUCUAAUACCGCCUCCUGCAAGCAAUUCGGGUCAUAUUCCUUACAACACCAACAGUACCAAUACGAACAACCCGGCGAUACCCCACAAUCAUCAUCGAAAUCAUUGCAACAUCAAGAUGGAACCACCACACCCAACCGACCUUGCUCAGCAAGAGGCUGCAGCUCGCGAAUUUGAGCCUCAGCUAGUGAGUCCUUUAGUCGGCGAAAGAAGAUCGAGCACGAUAAUCACGGAGGAGUAUGCGAAAGCAGAUCCCAUAUAUGUCGCAAAAACUGUGGCAUUACCCCAUACCUAUUCCCACUAUCGCCCUGUCCAAGGUGACGGUAAUUGUGGUUGGCGAGCCAUCGCAUUCGGUUAUUUCGAGACGUUAGUACGAUGCGGCGAUAUAAAUCAAGUCCAGGGCGAGUUGGCUCGGUUAACAAGCUUGAACAAGUUCAUCGAGACCGUUGGGGGGCAUAGUGUCUGGCUAUUCGAGGAUAUGGUUGCCGUAACAUUUGACUUAUUCAACGAGAUCAUCGGAGCGAUGUCCAGUGGCCAAGAUGCUAUGCUAACUGUGAUGGAUACCUUCAACAAUCCUGAGAAGUCGCAAUCUAUCGUCUACCAUCAGCGCUUGCUCGCAUCGUCAUGGUUGAAGGGUCGUUAUGCCCAUUACGAGCCCUGGAUAACAGGUGGCGCCGAGAGCUACGUUCAAGAUACCAUCCUGCCUAUUGACCGGGAGAUCGACCACGUAGGUGUUGUGCUGCUUCACGACGUACUACUCAAACCAGCGAAUAUCGUACUCGAGAUCGUCUACUUAGACCGGAGCGACGGCGUGGAAGCCAAUAUUCAUCGGAUGCCCGAAGAAGCUAACGGUCAGGACCCGGCUACAUUAGGACCAAUAAUCUACUUGUUGUACCGUCCGGGUCAUUACGAUAUUUUGUAUCGCGAUUCUGUCGUCCAGCCUUCGCCUAUGCCACCCGCACUAACUACACUGUCGAUCAAUCGGGCAACGCCCUUCACGCACCAAGAAAUUGAAAGCACAGAUAUGCCGCUUCAAGAUUUCCCGGUGGACAUGAGUACAUUGGCUAUGAUACCUGGUUUUGGUGUUCCCGAUAUAUCCCCCUUGGGAUCUCCGGCCGCACCGUCUCCUAUGACAGAUCCUUAUGCCCCUUCUCCGCAAUCGCCAUGGAUGCCGCAGCCGUUCCCAGAUGGCCUAGCUACUGGGCCUCCACCUCCACAGCCGAGUCCUCCGCAGCAACAACCAGCAACCCCCAUGACAUUGCACCCACUGCGCUUCAGUAAAUAUAACUUCCCCGACUUAGUUGAGACCAACACGUUUCACGAACCAGCUUUCACGACGAAUACCUUCAAAAACAGCCAUUUCAAUGUGGCUCAUUACAAUAACAUGAAUUUCCAGCCUGAAAUGUACAGGCCAGAGGCAGACGAAGAGAUACCACAUGGAAAAGGCAGCGGUCGGAAACGGAGUAGCGAACAUUGCGCGGUCAUCAAAAAAGAGAACAGGGGUUAGAGGUAAUUUUUUCCCCGGUCCCAUUAGCAUUCUUCCGUUUGGGGGCGGUGACACUUCCCGUCUAUUACACCCACGGCGUUACUUGGUAAUGAAAGACUGCAAGGUACGCGACCGUCUUGCCGGCCGGUAUCAUUAAUUAGCACCGACACGAAAUAAUGAGAUGGAGUAUCCGGUAUCCCUAAUACAAGAAUUCAAGGCCUACGAGUUUGGUAUGUAAUACGGACCAGAGGGCAAACAGGAUAAAAUUCCAUGUGUAUCCGCAACCCCUCGAAAUAAUCGGCAAAGCCGAACGCAGAUGAGUUAAUAAAGUUCGAGCAGAAACUAAUAUGAUAUUUUAAUCUGACGUUUAUGGUAUGAUUCAUGAUAUUCGUAAUAAAUAUU